UGUAAGAAAUACAUACACUAUAUUGACAAAAGUAUUGGGACAGCUUUCCAAAUCAUUGGAUUCAGGUGUUCCAAUCACCGUCAUGGCCACAGAUGUAUGCAGACUGCUUCUACAAACAUUUGUGAAAGAAUGGGUCGCUCUCAGGAGCUCAGUGAAUUCAAGUGUUGUACCGUGAUAGGUUGCCCCCUGUGCAAUAAGUCCAUCCGUGAAAUUUCCUUGCUAUUAAAUAUUCCACGGUCAACUGUUGGUGGAAUUAUAACAAAGUGGAAGCAACUGGGAACAACAACAACUCAGCCACGAAGUGGCAGGCCACGUAAAAUAACAGAGCAGGGUCAUCGCAUGCUGAAGCACACGGUGCGUAGAAGUCGCCAACUGUCUGCAAAAUGAAUAGCUAAAGACCUCCAAACUUCAUGUGGCCUUCAGAUUAGCACAACAACAGCACAUAGAGAGCUUCAUGGAAUGGGUUUCCAUGGCACCAAGUUCAAUGCAAAGUGUCGGAUGCAGUGGUGUAAAGUACGCUGCCACUAGACUCUAACUGCAGUGGAG